ACAGCCUUUCCCAAUUUUCACACUGCCAUGUCCGCACAUUAGCACAAUGGACUCCACAGAGCAGUCAACAUCGUAUACGUCUGGCUCUACGCCCUAUCCUGAUCACUCGAAGCAAAUCGCCGAAUAUGUCGCGACUGGUCGCAUCAGGCCACUAGCUUCGGACCUCUUAGACGAGGAUCCAUCCGGACCCCCAUCUCCCAGGACAUACGCGUAUACAAAACUACCACACAAUGACUCGAUCCGCAUAUUCGUGCUCCAACCCGGCAAGAGCUACGAGCCUUUAACAUGCAGCCUGAUUCUGGCACGACUCUCUAACAUGCCAUACGUCGAAGCCAUAUCAUACACCUGGGGCAAUAGUGAAAGACUAUUCACUGUGUCUUGCGACAAUCGCGAUAUCCGCAUCACACGCAAUCUACGAAAUGCGCUGCGUCAAGUUCGGCACGAAAAUGUCACUCGGCUCCUCUGGGCCGAUUCCAUUUGCAUCAAUCAAGAGGACUUGGAAGAAUUAGGGCAGCAAGUUGCCAUGAUGGGAGACGUAUUUGGCAGUGCAAAACGAGUUCUGAUCUGUGUCGGUGCGGAUUCCGAAUUCCACGCACCCGCUGUGCAAGCCUUAGUAGGCGACGUGAAUGCGAUGAUGGAUCGCAGCUUUGCGAACAUGGAUCUCGAAAACGACAAGUUUCCUUGGAUACUCAAAGAUAAUGACUUGUUGAAGGAUCCGCGCUGGUCAAGCUUGAAGGAACUGCUUAGUGUGCCUUGGUUCCAUCGCGGGUGGGUCAUUCAAGAAGCCCUGCUGGCCGCCACAGCAACUGUGAAGUGGGGCGAGACCGAGAUCUCAUGGGAGCUCCUCGGUCGUACUCAGCGAUGGCUUCUUCGACGUGGGCAGUCCGCUGCAACUACCCACGAUAUCCAUUUAACCCACCUUCUUUGGAACGACUUCAACCAUCGACGACCGACCGAGGCGGGCACGAUGGAAGAUAGUGAGCUCUACUACAACUACACGCUGUUAGAGGUCAUGAACUCGGCAAGACGUCUGAGCAUGAUGGAUCUGCGUGAUCGCGUGUAUGCGUUCUUAGGGCUACAUCGAACCACAUCUAUUGAUAUGCUAGAGUACAUGCGAAUCAGUAAAGACAGGCCGGUCCUUGACUACACGAUUUCUCAUUUACAGGUAUAUCAUAAAUUCGCCUCAGGCUACCUCAGCAAGUCUUCCGAUCUGAAGUUGUUCAUGUUUAUCCAACAUGACGACGAGAGUCUAGCAGCUGGCAUCCCAAGUUGGGCACCACGAUGGGACCUGCACGAGUGCAAGCAUCCGAUCGGGGAUAGCACCUGGCCGCUUCUCCAGUCGGCCGAUGGAUCGGGUCCGAAGGUCGAGGUUCGCUCCGAGGACGAAGUGCAAGUUCGAGGCGUCAUUGUCGACCGCGUGGUAUUGACAUCAGAGCCACAUCCAGGUGACGGCAUCUCGCUCGACAUGGCCCUAUCCACGCUAGGACUAUUCUGGUCUUCUGCCAGAUCCCACGUGUCUCCAUAUAAGCUGAGUGAUCGAGGAAAGCACUUAGCGCGCACUCUCCGAUGCGGUCGUUUUCGUGGUCACCGCGAAACCUGGGACCAACAUGAAUCUGCUUAUAUUCGCCUUCUACUUGGGUAUUCGGAGGUAGCUCAUGAAGAGCGGGGCUAUGGUAUCGAUGUCGAAGCACUUUCUGGACAUGGCGAUGCAGAAUUCGCGAAUGUAGCAUUUCGCUCGCGGCUGGUGGGGAGAAGAGUAUUUUUGACCGAGCGUGGAUAUUUUGGCCUUACGGGUAAUGUAGUGCGGAAGGGCGAUCUUGUUGGAAUUGUUUUUGGGACCGCAACACCAUUUCUGUUCAGGAAGUGUAAUGACAAAUAUCAGAUCCUUGGUGAUGCGUAUGUGGAGAGUAAGACUGGUGGACUCCUGGGGCGAGAAGAUGAAGACUCGUUCCUUGGAAGCAAAGACUGGGUCCACUGGGACGUCGAAGAGCAGGACCUAAUUCUUAUAUGACUACAAUUUGUGAGCGG